AUGGUAAUGCCAGGCAACAAAGAGAAACGCUUAAUACCCUACAUAAAAGAACCAGUAUCAUUUGGAGUUCUUCAAGAUGAUGGUAACCUGGUGUUUUAUGGUUUAGGAGCACAAAUCGUUUGGCAAAGUAUUGAUCAUCCAUCCGACACCAUUCUUGGUGGACAAAAUUUGAGAUCUGGAGUUGAUCUGAACUCUGUUGGAAAAAGGUUACAUUCUUCAAUAACAUCUCUCAAUGCAACCACUAGUCAUUUCUCGGUCUUUGAAGGAAAUCCAGCAUGGAGUAAAACAAACUUAACCUAUGGAAUGUCUCCUAAUUACAUGAUAGACUAUAUAAACCGAAAUGACAUCCUUAUGGCUCUGCAUUCUUCCUUCAGCCGAUGGUCUUCAGUGGUUGAGUUAAACUUCACCGAAAUACAAGCAUAUGAGAGCGCAGAUAUCAAGAUAGGGUUCUAUCAUGGAGACCAUGGGGAUGGUCUGCCAUUCACACAAGGCAUUUUGGCCCAUGCUUUUGAGCCGGAAAUUGGUAUGCUUCAUUUUAAUGCAGAUGUAGUUUGGUCCGUAGAUUUCAAAUCGGAGAGAAGAAAGGACGCUUUCGAUUUGGAAUCGGUAGCAACACAUGAAAUAGGUCACCUCCUUGGGCUCAAUCACUCCUCAGAUCAAGAUGCAGUCAUGUUUUGGAGUAUCCCGCGCCGAACCGAGAAAAGGGAGUUAUCAGCAGAUGACGUCCUAGGGGUUCAAAGCCUGUACCGUCCAAAUGCAAACUAUUCCCCGAACUACAAGGAUGCUUCCGGUGAUAAUUCGGUCUCUCUAGUAAAUGUUUUGGUAUCUCUAAUCAUUACUGGUAUUUUCAUGUAA